GGUCAUGUCACAUUCAUCAGUGUUGAAGAAUCAAAACAAGCAAAGCGUUUGAAUUAUUUUGUAUUAAAAAGUUAAUUUUAACUCAUAAUAUACCAAAGUUCUAUGUGUAUUAACGUUUUAAAAUAAAUGAACCAUGUUUGGAAUACAUUUGAGGCAGUUAUACCGUACCUGUGAUAAGGUUAUAAUUCGUAACCUGAGGAGUCGGAGAUUUGAUAUUGCAAAACCAAACCCUGGAUUAAAUAAUCGAUUAAAAGCUUUUCAAGAAGAUGGUAUGCCAAUAAAAGAAGAAAAUCUUGAAGAAUUUGUUGAACAAUCUGAAAGUGACUUUUAUAAUGUCGGACAAGCAUACAAAGAAUUUCAAACAGAGACUUUAGUGGGUAAGCAUGAGCUGCGUCAUCACAUCGUUAAAGACAAGUACUUCAAAGAGCACAUGCCUAACUUACUGACUUGGAGUGAAAAGGAACAAAUCCGUCACUUGGCCAGCAGUGAACCUGAUGAGUGGACUCCGGAGAGGAUAGCUGAAAGCUUUCCUGUUACUGUACCUUUUGUAAAGAAACUCCUCAAAUUCCCAUGGAAACCAGCCACAGAAGAGCGCAUCGCGCGUCACGAUGCUUCAGUUAUGAGAAAUUGGAGGGAACUGAAGGAGGGCUCUUUGGACAUACCACCAGAGGUCAGGGAACAUUUCCUGAAAUUCUCUGAAAGAACUAUUCCCCCAUUGAAGAAGGAAUCUAUUAAAGUUGACAUCACACCUGAAAGAGAUCUUGGGGAGUUCGAGAGGAUUGUUAGAAAAUGUGCAGCUAAGGAAAACAAAGAGACUAAUGCCAAGCCUACUGACAGUAAUGAACCUCUUGCAUUACAGAGUUCAGAUACUAAAACUAAUUCUAAAGAAAAACAGCCAAAAAGAGAUGAUAAAUUUAUAACCUUAGAUGAACUUACUGCGAAAAUUAAGAAAAGUUUAGACAAAGGUAAUCAAGUUGAUAUUAAGGAUAGAAUUAUUGUAAGCUCAACAGAAGAAUUAGCACCAAGCCCGAGCACUAAAGAAAAAAUAGUCAGAGAGAAGGAGGAACAUAAAGAAUUAAAAUUGUUCCACGAUAAAUACCCUGAAAGUGGUAUAGUUGAGUUUAGGAAUGAAGUUGAAGAUCCAAAAGAGAUCAUGAAUUAUCCAGAAAGGAUAAGAAUACCUAAGAAGGCCUAUAAGAAAGGAGCCACAUAUAAAGUAAAUGAUUGUUACUAUGAUCAUGAUGGUAGAUUCUUAUACAGAGUAUUAGGCAUGUCUCAAUAAUGUUGAACAUAAAUUGAUUAUCGUCUUACUCAUGUAACUGUUUGAUGAG